GACGGUGCGCAACAUUCGUGCGAAGCAGGAUUUGUGCAUUGUGAAUCCGAGCAGCUGACGUAAGAGGCGUAUGAUUGGGAUUGAUCUUCGUGAAGAGCGAAUUGGUGGUGGUGUUUUGGGCUGGUUAUGAAUCAUAGCAUGUGAAUUGUGCGUGCAGACAGCCCGGUCAUGGCUUUCAGUGUCACGAACUAGCGGUCAUCUUAUUGACAACUCGUUCAAGCGCCUGUAAUUUGACUUUAGAAGGUGGCGAUGCACAGCGUGCUGGAGAUGCCGCCCUCCUCGGAGCCGGCGCGCAAGCGGCGCACCCUGCCGCGCUUCUCACUGCAGCGGCUCAUCUUCGGCUCGCCGCGCAAACGGAAGAGCAGUCGCUCGGCCUCCCGCUCCAGCGCAAACGGAGGCCAGCAGGAGCGGGUGAUCUCGCUGGAGAGCCUGGCGGUCGCCGGACCGUCGCACCUGGACGCCGUGGACGCGAUCAGCGAGGAAGUGAUGAUCGAGUGUCCGGUGUGCCUGGACACGCUGCCGGUGGCCAGCUUCCCGCGCCUCACCUACUGCGCGCACAAGAGCUGCCGCGCCUGCCUCAAGCAGUACCUGGCCAUCGAGAUCAUGGAGUCGCGCGUGCGCAUCCUCUGCCCGCAGUGCAACGAGCCGCUUCACCCCACCGACAUCAAGCACAUCGUGAACGACGCGACGCUGAUGAACAAGUACGACGAAUUCAUGGUGCGCCGCGCCCUGGCCACGGACGCCGACGCCCGCUGGUGUCCGGCCCCCGACUGCGGGUACGCGGUGAUCGCGGCCGGCUGUGCCAGCUGCCCGCGGCUCGAGUGCGGCCGGCCCGGCUGCAGCGCCUCCUUCUGCUACCACUGCCAGGCCGAGUGGCACCCGAACCAGACGUGCGACGCGGCCCGCUCCGAGCGGCUGGCGCAGUACCGCUCCAGCGCCGGCCAGCAGUCGCCCACCAGCUCCCUCAGCGGUGAUAACAUCAAGAACUGUCCGCGCUGUCGAAUCGUCAUCGUCAAGAUGGACGACGGCUCGUGUAACCACAUGACGUGCGGCCUAUGCGGCGCCGAGUUCUGCUGGCUCUGCAUGCAGGAGAUCUCCGACCUGCACUAUCUCAGUCCGUCCGGCUGCACGUUCUGGGGCAAGAAGCCGUGGAGCCGCAAGAAGAAGAUCCUCUGGCAGCUGGGCACGCUGGUGGGUGCGCCGGUCGGUGUCGCCCUGCUCGCCGGCAUCGCCAUGCCGGCCAUGAUCAUCGGUAUUCCCGUGUGGGUGGGCAAGAAGAUCUACGCCCGGUACCGCUCCGGCAGCCGCCACCGCCGCAAUGCCGCCAUCGGAGGCGGCGUGCUGCUGGCGGCGCUGACCUCGCCGGCCUUGUCGCUGAUGGCGGUCAGCAUAGGCGUGCCCAUCCUGCUGGCAUACAUCUACGGUGUCGUGCCGUUCUCGCUAUGCCGCGCCGGCGGCUGCGGCCUCUCCACCACGCCGCAGGGCGUCCGCUUCGAGUUCGACGACGAGAACGACGCGCUGGAGCUGGCUGCCGGCGGCCGUCCGGCAGACGCCACCAGCACGGACACGCUGUCGCACCGCCCGGGCACGCCGUACCCGUCGAUCGGCGAGGUGUCCGGUCUCUGGUCAUCCGGCUCGCAGCUGGACCGGGCGCUGGCUGGGCCCGGCGAGAGCGAUCGCGAGUCGGCCAGCGUCACGGCCGUGGCGCCCGACAGCCUCACGCCCAGCGUCUACAGCGGUGCCAACAGCUGUCGUCUCGAGGCGGCCUCCGGGAAGCGACUCAGUUUCUGCAGCGACGCCCGCUCCGAGCGCUCGCUGGGCGAG